AUGAUCGAGGAAGAGUACUUUCCCUCCAUCAAAGACUUCAAGUCUGAGGACGCAGACGGAGUGGUAUACGGACAGCCCAAGACUAUGCCGUGGUAUCCCGAUGGGCGUGCAUACCAUAUUGACUGGCCCAAGCAGAUCAUUAGAAAGCACGCGGAGCUCAAACGCUUCCACGAGUUUCUGGUCAACUGCGAUCAGGUGGGGUCGAUCAGCCGCCAGGAGGCUGUGAGCAUGAUUCCCCCGGUUGUGCUUAACGUGCAGAAGGGCGAUGUUGUGCUGGAUAUGUGUGCCUCUCCAGGCUCAAAGACCAAACAACUCAUCGAAAUGGUCACCGGGACGGACGUUGAUCCGAAGUUGGUUGGGGUUAACAAAGAAAGGAACGCUGAGCUUCCCGACGGUAUGGUUGUAGCCAAUGACUUUGACCCUCGUCGGUGCUAUCUGCUGGUGCACCAGGCCUCGGCCCUUGACUCACCCGCACUCGUGGUCACCAACCACAACGGCAUGUCCUUCCCCAAUAUUUACAAACCCAACGCCGACGGAAACGGGCCAGACAAGUCCAAGCCAAUCCUAUUCGAUCGGGUGCUAUGCGACGUCCCUUGCAGUGGGGACGGUACGGCGCGUAAGAACAUUCAAGUGUGGCAACGAUGGAGCCCAAUGGACGGACCCAACCAGCACCAUUUGCAGAAACGCAUCCUCACCCGUGGUGCUGAGGUACUUGUGUUGGUUGUAUAUGGUGGAUGUGGGGACGGGGUCUGGUGGUUGUAG